AUGCCUAAGGAACAAUAUCGCGAGACAUACGUCGGCAGAAAAAUUUCCCAUGUAACAUUCAAUGUGGAUAGUCCAUCUGAUAUUCAACAAGCAGCACAUAUUCAAGUCAUUACAAAAAACCUUUAUGCUCAGGAUGGGCAGAGAGUGCCAGCAAGCUAUGGUGUUCUUGAUAGACGGAUGGGUACAAAUCAAAAAGAUGCAAAAUGUGAGACAUGUGGACUAGGCUUGGCGGAGUGUGUUGGACAUUAUGGCUACAUAGAAUUGGCAUUGCCAGUUUUUCAUGUUGGCUAUUUCAGAUCUAUCAUCACUAUACUUCAGACAAUAUGCAAGAAUUGUGCAAAAGUGAUGCUUCCAGAGACCAUAAAAAAAACGUUCCGCCGUAAAUUCAUGCAUCCAGAACUAUCUUAUCUUCACAAAAAGAAUUUUCGGGCGGCAGUCCUUAAAAAAGCUAAAACCUGUACAAAGUGCCCAUACUGUGAAUCCCUCAAUGGUAUAGUGAAGAAGAGUCCAGCUGGAAUACUGAAGAUUAUUCAUGAUAAAUAUAGAACUAAAAAGCCAACUGAUCCAAUGGUGCUCAGAGUGUUGAGUGAUUUUAAUGAAGCAAAGGAAUCUAACAAGGAAUUAGCGACCAUGAUCAACAGUGGACUUAUAAUUGAGCUUAGUCCAUUAGAGGUAUUAAAUUUAUUUCGGCGCAUUCCUGAUGAAGACAUCGCACUAUUGGGCAUGGACGUAAAAAAAUCUAGACCAGAGGACCUAAUCCUCACAAGAUUGCCAGUACCACCUCUUUGUAUAAGGCCUAGUGUCGCUUCAGAUAUCAAAGCUGGCACCAAUGAAGACGAUCUUACAAUGAAGCAAUCUGAGAUCCUUUUGAUCAAUGACGUGAUAUCCCGUCACGUGGCCAGCGGUGGGAAGAGCGAACUGGUGCAAGAAGACUGGGACUACCUGCAGUUGCACGUUGCGUUAUAUAUCAACAGUGAAAUGUCUGGCAUACCACUUUCCAUGCAGCCAAAAAAACCAGGUCGUGGUCUAGUUCAGCGCCUUAAAGGUAAGCAGGGUCGAUUCCGCGGCAACCUGUCGGGCAAGCGCGUGGACUUCUCCAGCCGUACCGUCAUCUCGCCGGACCCCAACCUUCAAAUUCAGGAGGUGGGUGUUCCAGUGCACGUAGCUAAAAUCCUGACGUACCCGGAGCGGGUGUUCCCCGCCAACCUGCAGUGGCUGAGGAAGCUGGUGUGCAACGGGCCCGAGCUGCACCCCGGCGCCAACUACGUGCAGCAGCGCGGCGUCGCUCACAAAAAAUACCUCAAAUAUGGUAAUAGGGAGAAGAUCGCGCAGGAGUUGAAGUGCGGGGACAUAGUGGAGCGCCACCUGGUGGACGGGGACGUGGUGCUGUUCAACCGCCAGCCCUCCCUGCACAAGCUGUCCAUCAUGUGUCACCGCGCGAGGGUGCAGCCGCAGCGCACUUUCAGGUUUAACGAGUGCGUGUGCACCCCAUACAACGCUGACUUCGACGGUGACGAGAUGAACAUGCACCUGCCGCAAACGGAGGAGGCGCGAGCCGAGGCGCUCAUACUUAUGGGGAACAAAUCAAAUCUGGUAACACCUCGUAACGGUGAACUGCUAAUCGCGGCUACCCAGGACUUUAUCACCGGUGGUUAUCUCAUCACCCAAAGGGAUACUUUCUUCACCAAGUCGGAAGCUCAGCAGCUAGCCAGCUGUUUGUUAGCGGGACCGGAUAGCACCAUGCGUAUAGACAUGCCACCACCUGCUAUCUUGAAGCCGAGGAUGCUGUGGACGGGGAAACAGAUCUUUAGUUUAAUAAUGAAACCAAAUAAACGGUGCGAAGUGGAAGCUAACUUGGAGACUAAAGGCAAAAAUUAUACGGGAAAUGAAGACAUGUGCGUACAGGAUUCAUAUGUAAUAAUAAGGAACUCUGAUCUAAUCUGCGGGUCCAUGGACAAGAGCACGCUGGGCUCCGGCACUAAGACCAGCAUCUUCUACAUUCUGCUGAGGGACUGGGGCGAGGAGUACGCGGUCAGGAGUAUGUGGAGAUUAGCGCGGAUGGCGUCUUACUAUAUGAUGAAUCGAGGAUUCAGUUUCGGCAUCAUAGACGUGACGCCCGGCAAGAAGCUUAUCGAAGCCAAGAAUAAACUUCUGGAGUCUGGAUAUUCAAAAUGUGAUGGAUAUAUUUUGGAGAUGGAAAAGGGAACGCUGCAGUGUCAGCCCGGCUGCACCAUGGAGGAGACGCUCGAGGCGGUUAUGUUGAGCGAGUUGAGCAGCAUUAGAGAGUUGGCAGCCAAGGCCUGUUUCCGAGAACUGCACCCCACCAACGCUCCACUCAUUAUGGCGCAAAGUGGCUCGAAAGGGUCUAAUAUCAACAUAUCUCAAAUGAUCGCGUGCGUGGGGCAGCAGGCUCUCAACGGCAAGCGAGUGCCCAACGGCUUCGAAGACCGCUCAUUGCCGCAUUUUGAAAGACAUUCAAAGAUCCCAGCAGCCCGAGGCUUUGUAGAGAACAGCUUCUAUUCAGGUCUCACGCCGACAGAGUUCUUCUUCCACACGAUGGGAGGGCGCGAGGGUCUCGUGGACACUGCAGUAAAGACCGCGGAGACGGGCUACCUGCAGCGGAGACUUGUUAAGUCGCUGGAGGACCUGGUGCUGCACUACGACAUGACGGUGCGCAACGCGACAGGCGAGGUGGUGCAGUUCCGCUACGGCAGCGACGGCCUCGACCCCUCCUACAUGGAGGGCCGCGACCGCCCCGUGCACCUCGCGCGCGUGCUGCGCCACGUGCGCGCGCACUGCCGCCCGCGCGAAGAGGAGUCACUGGAUGGUGACGGCAUCGUCGUGGCUGCUGAAGAGACCCUGGCGCUGGACGACUUCAAGACAUGUCCCGAUGAGUUUAAGGCUGAAUUAUUAAAUUUCCUCAAGACCAUAGCGAAUAAAGUUCGUCUACUACGAAGUAGAUACGCGUCGUGCGGACCCAUCGCGAUGCAGCUGGAGAGACUGACGCUUACCCAACUCGUGCAGUUCAUCCGCGUCUGCCACGACAAGUACCAGAGGAGCAUCAUCGAACCCGGCACAGCAGUUGGUGCACUGGCUGCUCAGAGUAUAGGAGAGCCCGGUACCCAAAUGACAUUGAAAACUUUCCACUUCGCUGGAGUGGCCUCCAUGAACAUCACGCAGGGGGUUCCCCGUGUCAAGGAAAUCAUCAACGCGUCUCGCAACAUCUCCACUCCCAUCAUCACAGCUGAACUCAUGGAUCCCUACGACCAGGAGUUCGCGAGAAGAGUCAAAGGGAGAGUAGAGAAGACUACGUUGGGUGAAAUCACGACGUACAUAGACGAGGUGUACUUGCCGCACGAGUGCUUCCUGCUGCUGCGCCUCGACGCCGAGCGCAUCCGCCUGCUCUGUCUCGAGGUCAACGUGCACUCUGUUGUUUACUCUAUCUGCACAUCAAAACUGAAGAUCAAGUCGUGCAACGUGUCCGCGGUGUCGGAGUGGGCGGUGAAGGUGCAGGCGGAGGGCGCGCGGCACGGCGGCUGGCUCAACGUGGCGCUGCAGCAGCUGGCGCGCGCGCUGCCCGCCGUCGUCGUCAAGGGCCUGCCGCGCGUCGCGCGCGCCGUCAUCGCCUGCGACGACGCCGCCGCCAGGCCCCGAUAUAAAUUAUGCGUAGAAGGUGAUGGACUAAGAGAUGUUAUAGCGACAUUCGGCGUCGACGGCCGGAAGACAUCUUCCAAUAAUAUAUUAGAGGUGUUCCACACGCUGGGCAUCGAGGCGGCGGCGUCCACCAUCAUGAGCGAGAUCGAGGCGGUAAUGGCGGGCCACGGCAUGGCGGUGGACCGCCGCCACGUGGCGCUGCUGGCGGCGCAGAUGUGCGCGCGCGGCGAGGUGCUCGGCAUCACGCGCUACGGCCUCGCGCGCAUGAAGGAGAGCGUGCUCAACCUGGCCAGCUUCGAGAAGACGGCGGACCACCUGUUCGACGCGGCGUACUACGGGCAGCGCGACCGCAUCGAGGGCGUGUCCGAGUGCAUCAUCCUGGGCGUGCCGGCCGGCGUGGGCACCGGCGUGCUGCAGCUGCUGCACCGCCACCCGCCCCGCGCCGCCACGCACCCCGCGCCCGCCCUGCUCUUCGACAACCCCCACUACCACGCCUCCAUAUGGGAC